AUGCCAGAACUUAUCGAAUACCCUUGUGAAGCUGCUGGAUGUCAAGCUAGAGUCUUGCGAUGGGAUGCUAUAUGCUCACUAUGUCAUGUCGUCUGCUGCUCCGAGCAUAAUACACCAGAUCAUCACCCUUGCCAAAAAGCUAGGACGAAGGAAACCCCAGAAUUGCGAAUGACUGCGCUCAGACAGAUACAAGCGGAUACAGAACGUCAAUAUGUGAGUACAAUAUCACCAUUGUCAUUAACGGUACACCCGGUUGUAUGA